AUGUCUAACAAUAAUUUGCAGAAUGACAUCGACCUUGGCAAUUUCAAUCCUCAGCUUCAGACGAAGCUCCUCGUUCACGGUUGGCGGUCAAAUGAGGAGAGUGACACAGUUCAAAACAUCAAAAAUAACUAUUUAUCGAAGAGAAACUUAAAUAUUGUCACAGUGGAUUAUAGAGACAUUGCCGCCAACAAUUUCUACUUCACACCUGCAUUUCAAAUACGUGAAGUGGGAAAAUACAUUGCAGAGUUGAUUGAUUACCUUGUGAUUGCUAAAAAUGCUAGUAUUGCGGAUUUUCAUUUGAUAGGACACAGCCUGGGAAGUCACUUAGCCGGAUAUGCAGCGUCAUUCACGACUACAGGAAAAGUGGGCCGAGUCACUGGUCUCGAUCCCGCCAUUCUGGGCUUUGAAUGGUCAGGUCCUGAGUCUCGGCUUGAUCAUACUGACGCUGCCUUUGUGGACGUGAUUCACACAGCAGCGGGAAGUUGUGGCUUCCGUGAUCCGAUUGGACAUGUUGACUUUUAUCCAAACGGAGGUAUUCUUCAGCCAGGCUGUGGAAGCAAUACCUGUAGUCAUGGAAGAGCUCAUCACUUGUUUGCCGAAUCAAUUCUCACGCCGUUGUUCUAUAGUUAUCCCUCGUCUACUUGGGCAACUUUUGUCCAGGGAGAAUACAAUCGGUCUGAAAUGGUAAGAAUGGGUGAUGCCGCUUCGCCGGACGCCAGAGGAUUGUUUUUCCUGCAGACGAACCCAAGAUCACCUUAUGCAAUGGGACCAUUAUUUGGCACUUUCGGCUUCUUCUGGGAUACUUUGAAUUUAUUGAAUGGAAAAUGA